AGCAAAUCUGCAAUUAAUAGCUUAACCUGAUCGCAUUUCAUUUCGGUUAAGCUACAUUUCGCGCCGAAUCGAAAAUGAAGUUUCUUGCAACCGGAUUAUUACUUAUCGGAUUAAGCGUACUUUCUGUAUUGGUUGAAUCUGCCAAUAUCAGAAGGAAUAAACGGCAAGCUCCGGUGGAAGUGACGACGGCUGCAACCGCUAAUGCAACGCAAGCAGGAAACAGCACCAGUGCUCCGGCAGUCAAUGGCACUAACGUAACCGCAGCUUCCGUUGCCUCUGUUGCUAAUGCAUCAUCUCCAGUGCCCGAAGCAACACCGGCAUCCAAUGCGACAUCAUCUAACAGCACCGCUCCAAGUUCCUCUGCUCCUUCUUCAGCUAGCAAUGCUUCAGCGCCGGCAAGCACUUCCGUUUCGGAAGCACCAACCACCGCAGCGUCCGCCGCUACUUCCCUUAGUACCGCUGCGGCCGUAACCCCAACAACAGCUGCAGCCAGUGCAGCAGCAAGCAACGCGACUUCCGGUAAUGCCUCAUCGGAAGCAUCGCCUGCUAAUGCAACUGCUGCGACAACCACGGCAUCGUCACCCGCAACGCCCGAGGUCACUCCCGAAAUGACAACCGAAGCAUCGGAGGUAACCACACAAGCUGCCAGCGCCAAUGCAAGCGAUAGUGUCAACGUCACCACAGCAGCACCGGCUGCGUCUAAUUCAACUGCCCCAGUUGCUGCUAGGACGACCACCGUUGCGAAUGUUACCAGUGCCACUCCGGAAGAGGUAUCAUCCGAAGCACCCACUGAGGCGCCGGUUGCUGCUAAUACAACCGCCCAAGGAAGUGAAUCAACCACCGUGGCGAACGCAACCAGUGCCACCACGGAGGAAGAGUCCUCCGAAGCGCCCAGUGCCGAGUCGACAACUGCCGCCAGUUCGACCGCCCCAGGUGGGGAAUCUACGACAGCAGCGAAUGUAACCAGCGACAGCACAGAAGAACCAGCAUCCGAAGAGCCAACUACGGGAGCAGCCGCCGCAGGCUCUACAGCUGCUACCAUUGCCGCAACCACCGCCACGGCUGCCACCACCCAGGCCAAAACCAUUGUCGCUGUCACCACACCUCCGCGACAGGGCAAGAAAGUCGAUGAAACCAGCACCGCCAAGUCAACCACGCAAAAGGUCACAGUCAGCGCCAGCCCCUCAGAGCAGGCGACGGUGACUCCGGCCAUCCAGUAUCCCAACGCCGACUACGAGAGUAAUCGGGCUAUGCCCCCACAGAAUCCCGAUCUGACUAAGGCGCUCAAAGUACUGAUGGGCAACAGUCCGGCAGCCCGUUCGGCGAAGACCGUUGACAUGGCCGAACUGCUCUCCAGCGCUGUCGCCGGUAAGGAUUAUCCUAAUCUGGCCGCCAUCCCGGAUCCUACGAGCUUCGCGUGCAAAGACGUCCAGCAAGCCGGUUUCUAUGCCGAUAUGGAUAGCGAUUGCCAGGUCAUUCGCCGGUGCGAUAUCAACGGACAGCUGUUCAGUUAUUUGUGCCCGAAUCUGACACGGUUUAACCAGGUGGAGUUAAUUUGUGAUUGGUUCUGGAACGUCGACUGCAGCCAGGUCAAACAAUUUUAUGACUACUCCAAUUCGCGCUUGUACCAUGCAUCGUGGACGCUGUUGGACACUCCGCCCAACGCAUCCGAAGAGGACAACGCCGUUCAACCACCUCAAGCGUCGUCCGCUGCCGCAACCACAACAGCCGCACAAAAGCCAAGCCCGAAGAAUGAAGCCAAAAAACCCGUCAAAAGCGCAACUAAGGCUGCGACCACUACUACCACCACCACCACGGAAGCGACAACAACAACCGAAGCCACCACUAAAGCGAAAAAAGCAGCUGGAAAAGGUAAAGGUAAACCAGCCAAGGCCGCCAAGGGCAAGGAAACCGAGAAGCCGACAACUACCACCACGACCACAACAACAAAGAAGCCCGCUGCCAAGAAACCGGCUGCCGGCAAGGGCAAAAAUAAGGAGGCCGGAAAGAAAGGCAAGGCGACCAAAAAGCAGUGAAAGAAAGGAUGAUAGUUUCUUUUUAUAAUUAAUUUUUUAAAUUUUUAUAACGGAAUAAAUUAAUUUUUUACUUGCUGUUGACAGGAAUUUGGAUUCGUUGGUCUAACAAAUUAGCAAAACGUUUACGCGUAAAAUACAACCUUUUGAGGAUUUUAAUGUUAACUGUUUGCUCGCAUAAUGCAAACUAUUAAAACAGUUUUUUUGUAAUCGGAUAAUUGAAUAAUA